CCCCCAUGGGGCACCAAAAAUAUGGCCUUGGCGGACCGAACCGCAUUCCUCCAAAGACAGAGAUUCGGCACCCCGUUCGUUCUUGCUACGUUCCAGGGAUAGGUAUCCCCGAACUCAGGAUGACUAACACUACCGCCGGCGUGUCCGGCCGUGGAACUCCAUCUUGCAACAGAGUUGGACCCUCGUCACUGUUCUCGCUUGUCUGGUUUUUCCUCCGGCACUAGCACUUGCACGAUAACCGCAGCCCACUCAUUCCUCUUUCUCUACUGCAUGGGACUUCUUAGUGAGUGAGUCCAUCGAGUUCCGUAUUUACCCCAAACGCCUCGGAGCGAGCCAAGUCUUUCCCUUCUGAGAGUGGUUCAAGCUGGCAUGCCAUUACCGCCUCCCGUAUUGGCCGUCUUUAUGGAUGACCUCGUCCAAGGGACGGAGCACCGAGUACGUCUACUGCCUAGUGGCACCGACAACAGAUGGAAUUGGUCGUCGAGCGUGACCUUAUUUUUUUUUUUAAAAUCGUUUCUCUUUAAUCUUAAAUCUUAUUCCCCACCAGUUUCCUCCUGUGACCUACAAACCAGCAACAGCAGUCUGCCAGAGAUUCCAAGGGCUGCUCGACGGCGGCGUUGAUCUGCGUGUUAUGGCAUGGUUGAGGACAAGAAAAAAUUAAAAAGGAAGUUGCUAUAUGCUAUCAUAGAAUCAUCUUAUACCGGGACAUCAGGUUUCUUUGCAAAGGACUGAGAAAACAUUCCUCCACCAUCAACCUCGGGUCAGGGGUACACCGCUC